CCCCCUAGAGUCGGAACGACCAGCGCAUAUGUGCGAGGGGAACCUUUACCUUUAAUAAUCGCUAAUAACCAUUUGCUCCGUUGGUUACACACAACGACAAUUGCCAUCCUGUUCUCCGCUACCUGGGACCAACUUCUCGUUAACUACGGAGGAGUCAUUCCUGGACUAAGAGUUCUUCGUAGCGCCUUUUAUCGGGGUUCCGUCCAUCCCAAAAGAGAGAGUAAAGGGACGGCGCAAGAGAGAGAAAGCGGGCGAGCGGGGAAGAGAGAAAACGGCUCCUAUCGCCGAGGAAAGAGUUAACGGCGCUCGAAACCUAACACCAUGCGGAGCCCGAAGAGGGGAGAAAAGGGAAGGGAGCGCGAAAGAAUAGAGUCUCUCCUAGGCGGGCUCGGUGGUUGGAGGCGCCUGUGUGCCAGCAAGAAGCUGUUGAAGAAACCCCCAGGCAGAGCACUUCGCGAGCAGAGGUCACCCGAUGCGCAGAAGGGACUGAGCAGCCAGCGGAGGGACAGAGACGGUUUGCUGUAAGGACCUGCGGCGACGCGCAUCUCCACUGGGUUCACAAUGAAAAUCCUCCAAAUCAGCAUGCCCCUGGCUUUCCUUGUGCUCCCAUUCUUUGUGCUUGGGGCUCCCAGUGAAGAGCUUGGCCAGCAAGAAGUCCCUACCAGCUUGAAUGGUUGCAAGAGAUGUUGUGAUUCUCUAGAUGUCCCUGGCUCCUCUGAAGCCAGUCUUGGUACAGACAGACCUCAAGCUUUGCCAUUCGUAAUGCCAGAAGUUCGUCCAUAUAUCAACAUCACAAUUCUGAAAGGAGAAAAAGGAGACCAGGGAGAGACUGGAAUUCCUGGUAAAUGGGGCAAAGAGGGACCCCCUGGUGAUCGGGGACACCAGGGUCCAAAGGGCAGCAAGGGACAAAUGGGGGCACCUGGAGAUCCCUGCAAGCACCAGUAUGCAGCUUUCUCAGUGGGCCGGAAGAAGGCUCUCCACAGCAAUGAAGGCUACCAGGCUUUGAUCUUUGACACUGUCUUUGUGAACCUCUAUAGCCACUUUGACAUGUUUAAGGGUAAGUUCUACUGCUACGUGGCAGGCCUGUAUUUUUUCAGUCUCAACGUCCACACCUGGAAUUUCAAGGAGACCUACAUGCACGUCAUGCGGAAUGACCAAGAGGAAGUCAUUCUCUAUGCUCAGCCCAGUGACCGCAGCAUCAUGCAAAGCCAGAGUUUGAUGCUGGAGCUACGGGAGAACGAUGAGGUUUGGGUGCGUCUCUACAAGCGACAGCGUGACAACGCCAUCUACAGUGACGAUGUGGAUGUCUACAUCACUUUCAGUGGUUAUUUGAUCAAGCCCAGUCUUGAAUAGCUGUUUCCCUCCAAAGCACAAAUUCAACCUCUCAACAUCCUCUUGAUUUCCUGUGAACGUCUGCAAAUAAUACAGAAAAUGACCAACAGAUCUGAAAACAGAGAGAGCACUGAAAAAAAAACCUUUUAUUUUCUU